GAGCGCAUCCACCGCUGCUGGAGCUGAAGAGAAUUAGAAGUUGGUCGAGUGGGGACGGCGGCGCUGCUGUUGUCGUUUACCGAGCUUCUCAGGUGGCAUCGCUUCUCCAGCGCGCCACAACCCGCCUCGAAGGGCAGCCCGAGCCUUUCUCGGGGCGCUUUCUCCGAACCGGUCUGGCGGGAGCGACCGAGGGGCUGCGUCUUCAGGGGGGUCUCUCAGCCAUCUUUGACACCGCGCGGCUGCAGGAAAGUUGAGAAGACCCAGCCAGAGACGAAGAAGCCGCCACAGCAAGAGCCGCGUCUCUCAUCCCAGCUCGGCGGCGGAGAGAAAGAGAUAUGAGCUUCAGGAAGCCGGGAGCCUAGCAGCCCAGAGCAAUUGGAGCCGACGCCGACGCCACUUCGUUCAGUCACCCCCCCCCCGGGUCGGAGGGCGGACUUACUUCGCCGAGCAUGGAGCCUCGCUCUUACCUGUUGACCGUCGCUUUUCUGCCGCUCUUCCUGUCUGCCUGGUCGCCGCUCCAAAGGCAACCGAGCUGCGCCUCCGCCGCCGCCGCCGCUGCAGCGGCAGCAGCGGCGGCAGCAGCAGCCGGCUCUUCGUCCGCCAAGGAGCUGUCCUGCCAGGACAUCACCGUCCCUCUGUGCAAAGGCAUCGGCUACAACUACACUUACAUGCCCAACCAGUUCAACCACGACACGCAGGACGAGGCGGGCCUGGAGGUCCAUCAGUUCUGGCCCCUGGUAGAGAUCCAGUGUUCGGCGGACCUGCGCUUUUUCCUGUGCAGCAUGUACACGCCCAUCUGUCUGGAGAACUACAAGAAGCCGCUGCCGCCCUGCCGCAGCGUGUGCGAGCGGGCCAAGGCCGGUUGCGCGCCCCUCAUGCGCCAGUACGGCUUCGCCUGGCCGGACCGCAUGCGCUGCGACCGCCUGCCCGAGCAAGGCAAUCAAGACAUGCUUUGUAUGGACUACAACCACACCGACCUCGCCACCGCCGCGCCGCAGCCGCAGCCCAAGCCGCCGCACCGAAAGCCGGUAGGAGGCGGGACGGGCAGGGGCUCCGGGGCUGUGGUGCCUCCGCCGUCCGCCGCGGAUCCCCCACUCCGCAAGAGCCGUCCUCCAACCCCCUGCGAGCCGGGCUGCCAGUGCCGGGCGCCGAUGGUGUCGGUGUCCAGCGAACGCCAUCCGCUUUACAACCGGGUCAAGACGGGCCAGAUCGCCAACUGCGCCUUGCCGUGCCACAACCCUUACUUCAGCCCGGACGAGCGCGCGUUCACCGCCUUCUGGAUCGGCCUGUGGUCCAUCCUGUGUUUCAUCUCCACCUUCGCCACCGUCUCCACCUUCCUCAUCGACAUGGAGCGCUUCAAGUAUCCGGAGCGGCCCAUCAUCUUCCUGGCCGCCUGCUACCUCUUCGUCUCGCUGGGCUAUUUGGUGCGCUUGGUCGCUGGCCACGAAAAAGUGGCUUGCAGCGGCGGAGCGGCGGCGGCUGCGGCGGCGGCGGGAGCAGGUCCGGCGGGCCCCGCUGGAGGCGCUGCGGGGGCGGCCGCUGCAGCCGUGGGCGGCCGCGGAGCUGCCGGCGGAGCUGCGGAGCUACAACCCGACUUGGCGGUGGCUGAGCACGUGCGGUAUGAGAGUACGGGCCCUGCUCUGUGCACCAUCGUCUUCCUUUUGGUCUACUUCUUUGGCAUGGCCAGCUCCAUCUGGUGGGUUAUCCUGUCCCUCACCUGGUUCCUGGCGGCAGGCAUGAAAUGGGGCAACGAGGCCAUUGCUAGUUACGCUCAGUACUUCCACCUGGCGGCUUGGUUACUUCCCAGCAUCAAGUCCAUUGCGGUGCUGGCUCUCAGUUCCGUGGAUGGAGAUCCUGUGGCUGGAAUCUGCUACGUGGGCAAUCAGAGCCUGGAGAACCUGCGAGGCUUUGUGCUGGCCCCUUUGCUCAUCUACCUGGCCAUUGGCUCCAUGUUCCUGCUGGCUGGGUUUGUCUCGCUCUUCCGCAUCCGGAGUGUCAUCAAGCAGCAAGGGGGCCCCACCAAGACGCACAAGCUGGAGAAGCUCAUGAUCCGUCUGGGCCUUUUCACGGUGCUCUACACGGUGCCUGCCGCCAGCGUGGUGGCUUGCCUUUUCUACGAGCAGCAUAAUCGCCCCCAUUGGGAAGCCACUCACAACUGUCCUUGCCUGCGGGACCAAGAGCCUGACCAAGCCCGCCGACCAGAUUAUGCGGUUUUUAUGCUCAAGUACUUCAUGUGCCUGGUGGUUGGCAUCACCUCGGGAGUUUGGGUCUGGUCUGGAAAGACGCUGGAGUCCUGGAAGGCACUCUGCACCCGCUGCUGCUGGGCCAGCAAAGGGACCGCAGUUGCCGUGGUGGGGAGUAUUGGAGCCAGGGGGGGAGGUGCCGGCAUAGGGUCUGCUGCCGCUGUGGGAGGACUGGGGGGUGGAGGGGGGUCUAUGUACAGUGAUGUCAGCACUGGUUUGACUUGGAGGUCUGGCACUGCCAGUUCGGUUUCCUACCCCAAACAAAUGCCUUUAUCCCAGGUGUAAAAUCUGGAGUUGGAACAGAGGAAUGCUGCUGCCCAUCUCUCUCUUUUGAGAAGAAGCUUCCCUAGGAGCAGGACAGUUCCAGAGGCCGAUGUUGCCAGCUCAUUGUCCUCAGCCUCUUCCUCCAUUCCUUGUUAGUCAAUCCUUCCAUGUCGAAGCUGCAUGUUUCUGUGUUGUUGGUAUAAGAAUUUUCUGAAGACAAGAAUUGCCUUAUUUGUCUUCAGCCAGCACAAGCCCUUUGGCCCAGUAGGACUUCUCUGCUUUCUCUCCCAUCCCUCAAAAGUCUUGAUUCAAUGUGAAGGGAUGUCUUGCUAAUUGACCUGCAGGGGUGGAGGAGUCCCUCAAGAAUUCCCCCCUCCCCUUUUUUUUAAUGCCAACAACCACAAAAACUGGCAGAUGCCUUAAAAUCAUGUGCUCAAAUCGUGUCUUAAUUGUACACCCCCCAGUAAAUACGGGUUUAUUAUGUUAAAGGAUGUAUUUAUAUAAUUAUUGGUACCUUGUACAAAACAUGUAAAAUAUGUAUAUAUUCCAAAUGCUAUACAGUCUGUAAAUUUCUUUUGUUUAAAGAAAAAAAAUUUAGAGGCUUACCACCAUUGCUCUUGCCUAAGAGCAAAAGUUUGAGUAUUCUAUUUUGUCAAUAAAAUCAUGUCAAAUGAUUUGUUUGGGAGGGGCAAUGCCUCCUUGUUGCUGUCCUAGUUAUUCUUAAUUCUUGACUUUUAAGAAAUACUGAGGUACCCUUACCAUACUGCUUAAAUAAAUGCGCUAACAUAUCUCAGUAGAAUCAACAGAAGCAUUUUCAGAAUAUGAUCAUCAGUGUCCAGCUAUCAACAUUCUUGGCUGUUGGUGAUGUUGGCUGGAAAAAGGUGGUUGCUGAAAUCUAAAAAUACAUAGUCAAGAAUUCUUGACCCCUUUGAAAUUAACUGGACAGAGCGGGUCUUUGGUGCUGUGUGAGCUUGGUUAUUUUCUUGCAGAUGUUCCAUUACCUAAACUGGGUUACAUCAUUAGUGCUCAUUUCAACAUUGAGCUACCAAUAUUCUCCUUUGUUGGUAACUGAACAGAGUCCAGAAGAAGCUAUAAAGCAAUGGGUUUUGAUGACAUCAUAUCAUAGAGCAAAGGACUACAGCUCUCAAGGUGUUAAUUGUAAGUGGUGGUAAGUGGUAAUUGAUUAGUUACCAUCAAGUCAAUGUCACUCUUAGCAGCCACAUUUUCUCCAUGAUGAGCUGCCUAUAAUCUGGACCUGCAAACUAGGAUGGUUUCUCCAUAAUAUAGUGGGAUGUGCUAGAAUUCCCAGUUAGCAUCUUGAUUGGGAAUGGAGCUUAUUUGGGGUGAAAGCUUUGGGGGUCAUCUUGUUCAGGAACUCUUGCUUUAUCCUGCAGUAAUCAGUACAACAGCAUUUCCCUCCCACAAGUUUAUUGUGAUGUCUGCCAGUGUGGGAGAAUUGUGUGUUAUCCUUUCUAUGGGUUGCCAUUGCUUGUUUGCGCUUGCUGUUUAACAAGCCAAAGCUGAGAAAAGUUGUUUUAUGAUGAAAAAAUAAGCUGGGAAUUGUGGGCUUUUAUUUAUGGGUUCUGUAGAUGUGUUUAUAGGGAUCAUAUGAUCUUCCAUGGACAUCAAAUGAUCUGGGAAAUGAAGGUGUGUCCUUCCGUCCCGUCUCAAUGCAAGCAUUCAUUGAUUGAAGUGGGAAGUUGUAGAAUUAGCUGACUGCUUUACAACAAGGGAUGAACUUUUUACCUGUCUAUCCCAAUAACUCAGAGCAUCCCUUUUAAACAGAACUAAAUGAAUAAGGUUUACUCUAUAGGGAUCUUAGCUCCUUUAGAGACAUUUGAAAAAAAAAAAAAACCCACCAAACUUUGAUCUCUUGUCUGUAAAUGUCUUGUAUAGCUGGUUUGGGGAUUUCUUUCUUUAGAGAAUUCUUUCUACUGCCCGGUUUCUCUUGUUAGACCAAUUUGCCACCAUGGAGCUUCAAACGUUCUUCAAUUAAAAGAAUGUAAGGCUUUUUUAAAAAGGGGGGGGAGACUUGUAACAGUUAGUGAAUCCAGAGGAAGAGAACAGCCUUUUAACCAGCUUUUCCUAGCUUUGUUAAUCAGACUAAAGGCAUGUAGGGCCAAGGUUAAAGUAUUAUGGGGAGGGGUUGGAUGAGAGAGAAAUUUCUAAAUGCUCUACAGGUGGCCCAUGGUCUACUUAGAAUUGCUCCUGUUUAAAGCAUUUUUCUGCAGACCAAUUAUAUUUCUGAAUUCUUCACUCACACUAGCUGGUGCUUCAUGGACAAAAGCUGCUCUGAAACAGGCUUUUUGUUUUGUUUUUGUUUUGCUUUGCUUAAAUAAGCUUUUAAGGGUUCUGAGGUCCUGCCAUUAUUCUCUAUCACUCUCUGUACACAUACGUUUUAAACCCUGGUUUGAUGUGCAGAAAGCUUGCAUUUUGGGGUGCUUUGAAUGCGUGGUGGUUGCUGUGGUGGGGGAGGAAAAAGCAAGCUAGGUGAGCAGCUUACAGACACAAGCAGACCUUUGUUGUUAGCUCGUCAGGACCUGGGCUGCCAGUUUGCUUAGUGGUAGAAUCAGAAAUUGGAUAAAUGGGUAUAUGGAGCAGUAGAGAUUGCAGGGAAGGGGAAUUUGCCAAUCUCAAGACGCCUACUGAACUUCAGAAACUUCUGCAACUGUUUCCCAUGACUCUUAGCCAUCAUGCCAAUGAUGAGGGAGUGUUGGCAUUUAAAUCUGUAUAAAUUCUGGAAGCUAGCAUUUCUCCAUCUCUACUCUAAAUUAGGCUAUCAGUGAAGGGGGUAAUUCUAGUGCUCUUAAUAUCAAGAGAUGGCCAGUUUUACUGUUUAAAGAUAAGCAGAGUGGGGCUUGAUAUUUCUAUAUCAAGGAUCAGAUUAAAAAGCUGCCUAGAUUCAUUGUUUGAGACAGGUGGCCAUAAAAAUUGAAUAAACAAAUGGGAAGUAAAUAAUUAUAAUUAUUGCUAAGAAAUGACAUAUAUCCAUUAAUGUAUUGAGAGUUGACAACUAAGGAUGGCCCUUCUCUUCCUUUUCCUCCUUUAGAACCUGAAUGAAAUAAACCUAAGGAGCUUUGAAAUUGUGAAUUAUUAUUUUUUGUCACACACACAUGCACACAAAUAUUUUCUUUUAAAAAAAACUGCAGUACUGCAGGAGAACUCAAGUGGGAAGUUAACUUCCUCUUUCUCUGCUUUUCAAGAUGACUUAUUGUGUUUGUUUCCUUUUAUCUCUUUUGUGAUUUCAGCUGUUGAAGCCGGACAAAACCUGCUCCAAUAAAAUCCGCAGAAUCAGCAAAAGACAAGUCAGAUGGAGGAGAGGCUGUUUUGACUUGUCAAGAGAAUAAUUAGCCCUAGAGGAUAUGUUUUACAGCAAAUUAGAACUACUUUGCCAAAAAUUAUUUUCAAUAUUUUUAGUGCACAAUGUAGAAUUGCAUAAGAGGCACAGAUCCUAGAAAAUAACAUUUUUGGACAAAUCCUGAAAAGUUCACAAAUGUGGUUCUUAGGAUGGCUGUUGUGUUUAUGUUUGUUUAUGUUAUGUUUAUGUUAUGUUUAUACUUUUUCUUCAUUGUAGAGAAAUGAUGCAAAUGAAACAGGAAGAAUUAUCAUAAAAGUGUAAUAAAUUACUGAUAAUAAAGUAAUAAAAUUAAUAUCUUCCAAAAA